ACUGUUAUGUUCAAAGAACACAUGGGACUGAGCAGUGGCAGCGUGUGAGUACAUCUCAAAUAAUGGAGGCCAAAUCCAAAAAGCCCUUCUCUCCCAAAGGUGGGAAAAAGUUCACACAGAAAGGAAAGGAUUCAAUAGGGACCAAACUUGGUGGAAAACCAGGCAGUAAGCCAGGUGGUAAAAAGCCCUUCAAACCGUACAACAACACAGAGCGUAAGAACAGACCAGGGAAGGAUGGUGAUGGAGGCAAGAAACAACAAAAGUUUGCUUUCUCCAAAGGUGGGAAAGGACCACAGAAGAGGAAAAUGCCACAUUUUAAAGCGAAACACAAGGAAGAAGGUGAUGGUCCUGUGGCCAAAAAGAUGAGGAAAGGGGAGUUUAAUCCAAAAACAAAGGAGCUGACUAAAGAGGAGCUGAAGAAGAACAGGCAGCAGAGGAAGAAGGACUUGAAAACAAGCAGACAGCAGGCAGAGAGGAAAGACAUGUUUGAGAUCAUCUGUAAAGCAAAGAAAAUGUGGGGAGAUCUCAGGAGGAAGAAUUGUGAAAAAGAAUUGAAGGAGAAACUGAUGAAGGAGCUUCACAACCUGCUCCGUGGAAAGAUUAAACAGAUGGCGUUUGCUCACGACUCUGUGCGAGUGCUGCAGUGUUUCAUUCAGUUCGGCAGCCAUGAACAGAGACAGGAAGUGUUUGAGGAGAUUAAAGAGGACACCAUCACUCUGUGUAAGUCACAGUAUGGCAGACACAUUGUGAAAAAGCUGCUGAUGUACGGUAACAAGGAGGUUGUUGCCGCUGUGAUGCAAACUUUCAAAGGUCAUGUGCGUCCAAUGCUUCGGCAUGCUGCCGCCUCGUCUAUUAUUGAGUACGCCUACAACGACAAAGCUGUGCUCGCACAGAGACUCAUGCUCACUGAGGAGCUGUACGGGAACACCUUCACUGUGUGCAAGUCGACUGUGUGUAAUACCAUCGAGAAGGUCGCUCAGGAGAACCCGGACAAACUAAACAACAUCAUCGAUGAGAUGAAGCAGAUCCUCACACCCAUGGCUCAGAAAGAACAGGUCAUCAAACACUCUCUGGUCCACAAAGUCUUCUUGGAUUUCUUCCUGCUCUCUCCCGAAAAACAAAGAACGGAGAUGAUCGAGUCCAUCAGAGAAUCAGUCGUCUACAUGGCUCACACGCACGACGGAGCACGAGUGGCAAUGCACUGUCUGUGGCACGGGACGUCCAAGGACAGAAAAGUUGUCAUCAAAACCAUGAAGACGUACAUGGUGAAGUUUGCCACGGGGGAGUUCGGUCACCUGGUUCUUUUAGCCAUAUUUGAUUGUGUGGAUGACACAAAGCUGGUCAAGCAGGCCGUGCUCUCAGAGAUCUUGGCAUCUCUGGAUGAGGUCAUCAGUAACAAAUAUGGUAAGAAGGUUUUGUCGUACCUGCUGAGCCCCAGAGAUCCAGCUCACCUGCUGCCAGAGAUCAUCAAGGUGCUGGAGCAAGGAGACGGGAACGAACACAGUAAAAAAGACACGGCGAUCAGGAGAAAGGAGCUGCUGGAAGCCGUCUCCCCCACUCUGUUAGAGCAUCUCUGUAACAACGCCUCCUCCAUGGUGAUGGACAAGGCGACCAGCGUCACUGUAAGUGACAUCCUAUCGUCAGCCUGCGGAGAUCUGCAGCCCGCCAUGACAGCUGUGGCUCAGCUGGCCAAUCAGGAGUUAGUGCCAGGAGGGAUCAAAGGACAGCUCCACAUGGCUGAACAUCCUGCAGGACAUCUGGUGCUGAAGUGGCUUAUAGAGCAGGACAUGACGCUGGCAGAGGCUGGAAAAGAAGAGCGGUUUGGACGAAUUCUGGUGGACACAGUGGGAACAGACAAGCUGAAGACCUGGAUCAAGGUCAACAGAGGAGCCAUGGUGCUCUGCUGCCUCCUGAACAGCUGUGACAAGACCGUGUCUGCAGAGGUGAAGGAAGCGCUGCAGUCCCUCAAAUCAGAGCUCAGCAGCUUCAGCAACAACAAAGGAGCUGAGAUCUUACUGGAGAAUCUAAACAAGUAGAGACUUUUAUUUAAGACAAACUGUUUACAUCACUUCCUGUGGUGCUGCUGUCAUUGGACUCCUGCAGAUCUGCAAGCUGCAUCUAGAGGAUACAACCUGAAACCCUGCGAGACAUUUCUGUGCCUGGUGGAUGUGUGGACAUGUUGAAUUAUUUCUGUUUGGAGGAAAAAUGAAGCUUCCUGAAAACUGAUUGAAAUGCAGAGACGUCCCUUUUGUGUGAAGGGAUUCAUAUACACACAGCCUGAACAGUGCAGGUUAUGCUGUCCUUGAAAUAAUGUUGAAGUAAUCUGAGUGCAACAACUGAGAAGCACAGUUUCCCUGAGUUUCCUAAUGAGUAGAAAUUAUUUCUUAUCACUUCUAUGUAGUCUGUGUCUGGUUUGCAACUUAUAAUUUGAAAAAACUUGUCACACAUUGAAAGCUUACAUGUUAAAAUGAGGAAAAUGUAUAGUUCAGGGAAUCUUAUAUUGGUACUUGGAGCAGACGAAUGAUGAAUAUGACAUGAUUUCUUUAGUGUUGGUGCAAACAGCAGUUGUAAAUCGAUUUUUAAAAAAACAAAAAAUUAGUUUAAAUGAGCAGAUUGUUAUCAAGGAGAGAUCUAUGCAGUUUAAAUUCUUACAAUAGAGAAACAUAAUUCAGAUUUUAUGCAGUAAAGUUAUCUAAAUUCAAACAGCAAACAUAUCCGUCCUCAUAGUGACAGGUUUGGUUUUCUAAAUUUAAGGUUUUGAGAUGUUUCUUCAUCCAUACAGCUAAAAUCUUGCUGCAAACCUUUCUGUAAUCUCAGUGCUUUAUGACAGCAACUCAGGUUCAAUCCUGCCAUCCCUUUUUUUCAGAUUUUUAUGUUAACAUUUUACAAACUUGACUUGGUAUUCUGUUUAAAAGAAUGUGAUGGAAAAAUAAAAGAUUAUAAUACGUUA